GUUCAUGUCUCGUUCCUUUACGUCGAGUUAUGAAAAGAAUUUUGAAACGUACUUGAGGACGGUCGUGACUUUUUGUAUACUUUAAAUCAUUUAGAAAAACGUAAAAAUUUGAAAAAUCGCAUAAAAGUGAUAAGAAAACAACGGAGCAAAUUUUUCGAUUACAAAUCACUGAAAAAAAAAAUUACUUCACAACUAAAUUUGUAUAGAGAGAAACAAGACAAAGUAAGGUAAAGCUGAAGCACUAAGGCAAAUCACAGCGAUAGAUAUCGUUGUACAAUACAAAAGAAGGGAAAGUGAGUAGUAAUUUAAUUGAGAAGAAAAAAUAAUACAAAAUGACUUCGCUGGAACCGAACGUGAAUCGCCUGCAGAACUUCAAAAAUAAGGGCAAGGAUCAAGAUGAGAUGCGCCGUCGCAGAAAUGAAGUUACAGUGGAGCUGCGCAAAAACAAACGUGAAGAGACGAUCCUGAAGCGUCGCAAUGUCCCCAAUAUGGAUUCGAAUACAGAUGAGGAUGACCAGCUGCCGAAUACAAUCAACCUGAAAAAACUGGCCGAGGCGGCUGCUGAUUCAUCGAAACCGGAACAACAAUUGGCUGCAGUGCAGGCUGCACGUAAGCUGCUCUCCUCGGAUAAGAAUCCACCAAUCAACGACCUCAUAAAGAGUGACAUUCUGCCAAUUUUGGUAGAUUGUCUAAAACAACAUGAUCACACAAUGCUACAGUUUGAAGCCGCCUGGGCAUUGACCAACAUUGCAUCGGGAACUUCAGAUCAAACCAAUCAGGUCGUCGCUGCCGGCGCAGUGCCGCUCUUCCUGCAGUUGCUCUCUUCGCCCGCACCCAAUGUUUGCGAGCAGGCAGUUUGGGCUUUGGGUAACAUCAUCGGCGACGGACCGGAGUUGCGUGAUUACGUCAUCAAACAUGGCGUUGUGCAGCCGCUGCUAUCGUUCAUUAAGCCCGACAUACCAAUUUCAUUUUUGCGCAAUGUCACAUGGGUAAUUGUGAAUUUAUGCCGUAAUAAGGAUCCACCACCACCAGCCGCCACCAUACACGACAUCCUGCCCGCACUCAAUGUGCUCAUCCAUCAUACGGAUACCAAUAUAUUGGUUGAUACUGUUUGGGCCAUCAGUUACCUAACCGAUGGUGGUAAUGAUCAAAUUCAAAUGGUGAUUGAAAGUGGUGUCGUACCCAAGCUGAUACCAUUGCUAGGACAUGCUGAAGUUAAGGUGCAAACGGCAGCUUUGCGUGCUGUCGGUAACAUUGUAACUGGCUCGGAUGAGCAAACACAGGUGGUGCUCAACUACGACGCGUUGUCGUAUUUCCCAGCAUUGUUGUCGCACCAAAAGGAGAAAAUCCGCAAGGAGGCUGUCUGGUUCCUCUCCAACAUUACGGCCGGUAAUCAGUCGCAAGUGCAGGCGGUCAUCAAUGUCGGUUUGCUGCCGAAAAUCAUUGAGAAUUUAAGUAAAGGUGAAUUCCAGACACAGAAGGAGGCCGCCUGGGCAAUCAGUAAUCUGACUAUUAGCGGUAAUCGCGAUCAGGUGUUCACAUUAAUCAAGGAGGGUGUCAUACCGCCUUUCUGUGAUUUGCUCUCCUGCCAGGAUACACAAGUUAUCAAUGUUGUGCUUGACGGACUCAACAAUAUGCUCAAAAUGGCUGAUAAUCACGUACAGGAGGUUGCUAAUUUAAUUGAGGAAUGUGAUGGCUUGGAGAAAAUUGAGAAGCUACAAAAUCACGAAAAUGUUGAGAUUUACAAGCUGGCAUACGAAAUCAUUGAGCAAUAUUUCUCCGAUGAGCCGGAACAAGCCAGCCUCGCCCCCACCAACGAUGGCACCCAAUUCCAAUUUGAUCCGAACGCUGAUAGCAAAUUACCAAUGAAUUCUUUUAACUUUUUGAAUUAGCACGGCUGCUGUAGAAAUAACAUACGUUUAACCGUAAAGCUACUACCACCAACACGACCGCGACUAGCACCUAAACAACCACCAAUUACAAAAACAACUACAACACAACAUACUGUUGAGCCAUCAAGCGCCAGCCAAUUGACGUAUCAAAUAUUGAAAACGACAACACCGGCAGCAACGGUCAAGUGUUGAACUGACUGACUGACAGCAAAGAUAAAUUUGCAUAACAAAAAAAAAAAAAAAAUAUGGAGAAAAUAAAAAAAAAAUAUACACCGACAACAAAACAGGAA